AUGUUAUCACAUGAUACACUUCAUUCAAAACAAGUUAUUAAAAUACAAGAUUUAAUAAAACAUUAUGAUUCAUUAUUCGCAAGUGGACAUGAACCUGAAACACAUGUUUUUGUUAAUAGUGUUCAAAUUGAAGAUGAUAAAUGGAGACGUCUUUCACGACAAAUUGUCGAUUUACUUCUUGCUCAUUUACAAU